CGUCAGUUGUUCCGUUAUUUGUCAGCUUUACGCGGAGAACUUCAUACAAAUUAUAAGGAUAUUUCAUCACAGUUUUUUGAAAGUUUUCAUGCAUUUUUAGUUCUUAUGUUCAAAUAUGGGAAAUGGAGCAAGUGUGAAUAUUACUCCUGUGAAAGGAGCUGACAGACUGAAUAGGGAUAAUUCUCUUGUCAAGUCUGUGCAAAAUGGGCAUGGUCCUCGGUCUAGAUCUACAGUGAGUGCCAGAACCAAUAGAUCAGACCACAGUAAAUCGUCGGGAGAAAAUUAUGUACCAUCAAAAAUCGUGAAAAUGGAAGGAAGGCGAAUUUCUUUGAAAUUUGCUACAUUCAAAUUUGGUGACUUCCGGCAACUUACCUUCUCUGAAUUACACCACUUUUAUACAGACGAGGAUGAGAAAACACUGGAAGAGAUACCACCUCCACAUUCUCCUUACACAAGGAAAAAUGAAUUCUUCGAUCCGGAUGAUUAUGCUGAGGUUGACAAAUGCGCCUCUGGUAUUCCAAAAUCAAAGGCGACAUCUGGGACAUUAAAAACGUUAGUGUCCCUUCUAACAGACCAAUACGAGGACGAUAUGUCAAAGGUCAGGGCCAUUUAUGUCUGGUUAACCUCUAUCAACAUCAAUAAACUGUCUCAUCCAUUAAAGAACCCUAAAGUUGGAUAUACGAUGUUCUAUCUUAUGAAGAUAAAAGAAAGACUCGGAAAUUAUUCUCAGCUGUUCAAUAGAAUGUGCAAUAUUGCUGGAAUUCCUUGUGUUGUAAUACAUGGAUACCUCAAAGGCAACACAUAUGAAAUAGGACAAAAACUUGACAUAAAAACUCAUUACGGUGAAUGGAAUGCGGUUUUAAUUAGUAGUCAAUGGCGGUUUGUUAAUGCGUUCUGGGGAGCAUGUGCACUUGGAAGUGAGAAAGCAAUCAAUGCUGCUCAGUAUAAACCUGAUGAAAACUAUUUCGUUCCUGAUCCACAGCACUUGAUUCAUACGCACUUUCCAGAAGAGGAAAAAUGGCAGCUAUUAGAUGAUCCAAUCACUUUCAAAGAAUGGGAGGGAAAAGCAUAUCUAAAAGAACGAUUUUUCGAGUUGGAAUUACGUCUUUUGUCUCAUCAAGAGUGUGAAAUUACUACAGAAAAUGGAGAAAUAGAAAUGAUGUUUGCACUACCAAAAAAGCGAGCAAAAAACUUGAAAUUUAUGGCAUUAGUUUAUAUCAAGGAAUUUAACGAAUGGAAAAUAUUAGACGACAAGAAAGUUCAACAUGACUUCAUUCACGUGCCUAUAGCAGAAGCACUUGUGGUGAAACUACGCUUUCCAAAACGUGGAGUUUAUCGGUUUGAACUCGUUGGUAAAGACACAACAAUUACUGAGAAGGAUUAUGACUUUGAUUGGGUAGCUAUUUAUAAAAUUAAAUGUGAACAAGCUGCUAGUCCAUACUCCGGAUUUCCUAGAGUUGGCGCUGCAGGCUGGGGUCCUGGCAACGAUCAUAGGUUAGAAGAUCUUGGAUUAACUCCCCUCAAACAUACUCAAGGAAUGAUAUUUGCAAAAGACGGUUUCACAAAACUAAGGUUUAAAUUCGAAGAGCCAGAAUUAGAGGACUUAUCAUUGUCAGUAAAAAUGAUCACGGUGAAAGAAUCAUUGGACGAGGUUCCCACUGAAACCGAGGGCAUUCGAGUGGAAUCACAUGAUAAGCAUGUGAUUGAUAUAGAAACAACUCCCGGUGAAGAGUCAGCAGCGUGUGUUUUUGCUCUUGUUGAAGACAAAACGUAUGGAUCAGUUGAAGUCAAUAUUUGUAACUAUUUGAUUGUUAGUUUUCCUAUUGAUGAAAUAACACUGAAAGAUAUAGAAUCAACGCGCAAAACUUUGUUAUUGGCUAUUGAACAGAAGAAGCUCGAUUUGUUGGAAAAGGCAGUAGAUAUAGUAGAAACAAAGAAUUACGAAAGACAUAUGCCAAAAGAAACUGAAACCGCUCGAGAUCUGAUAGCACGUCUCCGUAAUAUACAACGACUAAUGCAUGAUGUUCUGGCAUUAGAUAACAGAGUCUUCGCUGAGAUUCGGUCAUAUCCGAGCCCUAUUCCGGAAAUUCACGAUGUGAUGAAAGCAGCACUGCUUCUCUUGGGAAAUUUUGAAGAGGAGACAAAGUACUGGGAUAAUGUACAAGCAUUGCUUGGUAAAAUUGGUAAAGAAUCAAUCAAAAGACGUAUAGCAUUGUUUGAUAUUGACACACUAGAGCUAGAUAUAGCUUUAGGUGCCAGGAAGAUGUUAGGAAAUCUGCUGAUUGACAAUGUGAAGCAGGCUAGUGCAGGAGCGGCAACAUUUUAUGUAUGGGUGCAAGGAAUUGUAGACGAAAUGCAAAGUCGCUAUUCAGAUAUGAUUGGAUUAGUUGCCCCUCGAACUCAUCUUAUGAGCGGACAAGGAAAGACACUUCAAAUGGUUUUAGAUGUGAAUGAAUAUAUGGCUCUUCAUGACAUUUGAUUACCAAAAAAGAGAUAAUGGGAGUCAUUGAGGAAGUGGAACGACGAAACUACAAAGUGAUUGACAAUACAUUCCCAAGGACAAAACGCCAGAAGAAAUAAUUAUAUGGAUUCUUUGAAAAUUUAUAAUUGUUAAUUUCAUACCAACAUGUUUGUGUAGCACAUUUCAUACACCGUAAAAAAUAAAAUUUAGAAAUACAUAAAACACAAUACAAAAAGAAAUCUGAUUAGGAACACACAGAACUAAUUUACACUUACUUAAUAUCAACCCCUUAAUAUCAAUCCCCCCCACCCCCAAUUAAUGACUUCUUCAUCAACAGAUAAUGCGGAAGAUAUGUAUUAAAAUGAUAAAAAAAGAAGAAAUAGUUCCGUGUGCUUGUUUAAGAGAUUAAAGCGAAAUGGAUAUUUGGAGGAAAGAGUUCUGUCAUACGCGAUGUAUGUUACUCAGUAUUUGAAAUAUAUAAGAAAGAAGAAAACAUUUUUUUGACUAGAUGUGUAUUUGAGAAAACUAAAAAAAUAAAUAUAAAGAAAUGGAGGGGUUGAUAAGCAAAACUGUUCAACAGCCUUUCCAUGAAAAAGCAAUAUGGGUUAUAAGAUAAUAAGCAAAAGUUGGGAAUGUAGGAAAUGAACAUACCUUUAACAUCGCUCAAGUAAUUUUAGAUAAAAAAGGAAUGUGAAGGUAAAAAAAAGUAUAUUCAGUAGAAUGUCAUGUCAAUAUGGAAAUACUGUCUUUUAAAAAGGUAAUACCUACGGGUCCAUUUCAAAAAGCAGUUAGCUGUCACCAUUUAAUUCUGUUAUUUAAUUGGAAUACCUGCUUGGGAACUUUGUUAUAAUAUGUGAUCUUUGUCUGACCAUAAUUAAAAUAGAUGAAAAAGAGAGGCAAAAGAUACCAAAGAGACAUUCAAACUCAUGAGUCCAAAAAUAAACUGACAACGCAAUGGCAAAAAAAACACACCAAAAGACAAACAACAGUACACAAAACACAACAUAAAAAAGACUGAUCAACACGAACCCCACCAAAACCAGGGUUGAUCUCUGGUGCUCCAGAAUGGUAAACAGAUCCUGCUCCACAUGUUGCACCCGUCAUGAAUACGUGUAAACAAAAUGCUUCAAUGGAUCUAAUUUAUUUUUCAACUGAUAUCUAAAAAAUAAUCAAAUAUUUUAGGAAGUUUCUGUAAGUUUAUGUCACUAAGCCAUUUUUAUUUGUAUAUUUUGUAUGUCUAUAGACAUAAAUAAGGGUAUAAUGAUGUUCAUUUCUUUUAGAUUAUAUACAUGUGCACCAA